UGACUCUAAAAAAAAGUUUGUUUAGGAUACCGAAUGGGCUUGUACUCAGUUUCUUUUCUUUUUUCAUCCAAGCGUUUUCCACGAUCAUAAAAAUGCUUUCUUUUUCUUUGACACAGAAUCCUUUGAAGAACCAAUUGCGAUUCCUGUUUUUCCUUGGAAUGAACAUUUUAAAAUUAGCCCUUCACUAAAACCACCUCGACAAACAAGCGACAAGCUUGCUUUCAAGUGAGUUUAAAAAAAGUUUUACAAUAAUGGCAUUCAAGAAAAAUUAUUUUUUAUUCUUUGUUUUUGUGUUUAUAUGUGUCACUCUAUGCUUCCACAACUGGCACCGAUCGUAUUCGCUGUUUCUAAAAAAACUGAGACCAUUAAAUGAAACAUAUGAUGCUCCUUUUGCUGUGGGAUGUAAAAAUGUUGCCUAUGAAGCAAAUACCUACCCAAGAAUGAAUGCUACGUUCAUGGUGCUUACGCGCAAUUCUGAUCUUGAUGGAAUCUUAAGUGGAAUGAAGUCAGUCGAAAAACGGUUCAAUAAGCACUUUAAUUACCCUUAUGUCUUCCUCAAUGAUGAGCCGUUCUCAGAGGAGUUUAAGGAAGCUGUCCAAAAGGUUACACAAUCGAAAGUUCAGUUUGGUGUGCUAGGCCAAGAGCUAUGGGACUUUCCUUCAGACACUGAUCAAAGUCUCAUCGAUGAAGCUAUCGCCCAACAAGUUGGUAUCGUUUAUGCCAACAUGCCGAGCUACCAUAAAAUGUGCCGCUUCUUUUCUAAACAAUUUUAUAAGCAUCCUUUAAUGCAACAAUACGAGUGGUAUUGGCGAUUGGAUCCAGACGUUUCUUUCUCUUGUGACAUUAGCUAUGAUCCUUUUUAUUACAUGCAAAAACAUAACAAAGUAUAUGGCUAUGUAAUUGCUAUCAAAGAAUUACCAAAAACUGUGCCAAAUCUAUUUCGUUACACAGUCGCUCAUAAAAAAGCUGCUAAUUUAGAGACAACUGAUUUAUGGAAGUUCUUCAUUGAUGAUGAUUAUGACAAACUUGUUCAACAAUUGAAAGAAAAGCAAAAGUUCGACCAUAUCUAUGUUCUACCGGAGCCGCCAUUGGAAAAAAUCGAUGGUGAAAUCUAUAAUUUAUGCCACUUUUGGAGCAAUUUUGAAAUAGCACGGCUGGAUUUUUAUCAAAGCAAAGAAUAUAAUGAUUACAUGGAGGCAUUGGAGGAAGCCGGCGGAUUCUGGGCUGAAAGGUGGGGAGACGCACCCGUACAUUCGUUGGCUGUAGGCCUAUUAUUAAACCGAACCCAAGUACAUUACUUUCGUGAUCUGGGAUACCAGCAUUCAACCAUUCAGCACUGUGCUCAAGACCUUGGUUGCAAUUGCGACUGUCCAUUUACUAUGCAAGAGAUUGAAGCUAGGCCUGGAUCUUGUCUCAAUCAAUGGGCUGAAGUGAUGGGUGGAUUUCUGGAUGAUUAAAUUUAUAUAGCACACACUUCAAACUUGAUACGAGCUUUACCUUCAUGAUAUGAUUACUAUAUUUAGUCAUGGAGUUUUAAUUUCUUUCGGGCGCGAUGAAAAAACCAUAAAUAAACAAUCAAGAUAGUAUUUUACAAAUUAGUAUAUCCUUAAUUAUUAAACAAUUAUAUAUUGCAUAGCAGACAUUAGGAACUUUGCGCAGACAUUCUAAGUCAUUAUGCAAACAUGUGAUUCAAGCCAGUUCCGUGAAAUCGUUAUGCUUACAAAAAUAUUCCAUAAAAGCAGAUUAAGUAAACCAGAGUCGGAUUGUUGAGUCCCAAGAACCAGUUGCUAAAGCUGUGCCGCCAGGACUGAGGGUAAUACUGCUUACGCGAUUUUCAUGACCUGAGAGAGAAGCAACUGAUGUAGCAGCAGCAGAAUCCCAAACCUCACAUACAUUACCGGUAGCCGCAAACAAAAAUUUACCAGAAUUAGAAAAGCGAACGGAAGUUACAGGAUUUGAUAGUUGCGAGGGGUAUUCAAAGAUGGCUGCCUUUGCACGAAUAUCAAAGCACUUGGUACUCCCAUCCUCAACACCAGUAGCGAACGCAGUUUUAGAUGGGAAAAAAGAAAUAGAGUUAAUAUCAGACUUGUUAUCCGAAAUAGUCAAACAACAGGAGCUCGUUCGUAGGUCCCAUACUUUGGAGGUUUUAUCGCAACCACCCGAAAUAAAUAAAUUUGGAUUUUCAGGCAAAAAGUCCAAUGCCAUGACAUCGCCUGAAUGUCCUUCAAAUUUCGUUAUAGGGGUCUGUCUUCGUAUAUCCCAAGCUAUGCAGGUUUUAUCACCAGAAGAAGUUAAUAGACGGUUUUCGUCAAUAUAUUUGCAUGAAGAGAUAAAGCCAGUGUGUCCCAUAAGUUCAACAGGCUCAGCAUCCGGUCUUUCUGUGGAGAUUACUUUACAGUUAUUGUUUAAGCCUCCAGCUGCUAUGGUUUCUGCGGAAGGUGAAAACGCACAUGUCAUAAUCCAUAGAGAAGGCACUUGGAAUAAGGCUAGUUUAUUAUACGUGUGUGCAUCCCAAACAAGCAAAGCAUCAUCCUCUGAAGCAGACAAUAUAUAUUUUCCAUCAGAUGACCAAUCUACCUUUGGUAUUUUGCCUAACUGAGUCUUUAAGACACGCGGAUGCUGUAAUCCAAGUGAAACGUGGCUACUCAUGUUAAUUUAUUAUAAUCUCGUUUGCAAAUGCCGUCUUCCCAACAAACUGUCAAUGUCAAAUAACGAAAGAGAGGCUUAUUUCCAGUUUGUUUAUUCUGUGGGUUCUAUGUCCCUUGAAAAGCGUAAUCCUUGAAAAGCUGCCAAAUCUCAAGAAUUCAACUAACUUCCUUUUCCAAGCUCUUUCUAUCGUUUGCAAAGCCGUCAAAGCUUUCUAAAAUAUUUUUUCUAUAAAAAAUCUUGGAAUAAUACAAACGUUAGCUUUGCUUUCAUGAAAAGUGAUAGCAAGAUGAACGUCAGAUUGUUCUCUCUUGGUUAGCCAACUGUGACCUGAAAUAAACAUUGAAAAAUAUGGUGGUCGUAUCCUCUAACACUUAUAAAUUUGCGAAUAUUGAAUUACUCUAAUUUAUAUUUAUUAAAGAAAUCAUAUUAAUAUACAUAACAUUCUCAGAAGAUGUUAAAAUAACGUUUUCAUGGAAGACUGAAGGCAGCCUAUCUUAAAGACACUUGAAAUGUGCGAUAAUGUAUGCUUCAUCAUAGUACUACUUCCCGUUUUAUUAAUUGAGGUAAAAUAUUCUUUCAUAGGAGAUCGGAGUUCUCUUAUAGACGUCCAAAUUUGUUGAACAUUCAUAGCAAGUAAAAGAGCGUGGAAGAAUGAUUUAUAGUAAAC